GGGGGCGUCGUUCCUGCGCAGACUCAUCGCUGCUCCGCCGGGCGGGAUUUCCGCAAUAAUAUCAAGUAUGGCGAAGACAUACGACUAUUUGUUUAAAUUACUGUUAAUCGGCGACUCCGGUGUCGGGAAGACCUGUGUCCUGUUCAGGUUUUCAGAAGACGCCUUCAACUCCACGUUUAUCUCAACUAUAGGCAUUGAUUUCAAGAUUAGGACAAUAGAGCUUGACGGCAAGAAGAUAAAGUUACAGAUAUGGGAUACGGCUGGCCAGGAGCGUUUCCGAACAAUCACAACAGCCUACUACAGAGGAGCAAUGGGCAUCAUGCUUGUCUACGACAUCACCAACGAGAAGUCUUUUGAAAAUAUCAAGAACUGGAUAAGGAACAUAGAGGAGCAUGCAUCAGCUGAUGUUGAGAAGAUGGUCCUUGGCAACAAGUGUGACAUCAAUGACAAGCGGCAGGUGUCCAAAGACAGGGGGGAGAAGCUUGCAUUAGAGUAUGGGAUAAAGUUCAUGGAGACGAGUGCAAAGGCCAACAUCAAUGUGGAAAACGCAUUUUUGACACUCGCCAGAGACAUCAAAUCAAAAAUGGACACAAAAUUGGAGGGCAACACACCACAGGGAAGCAGUCAUGGAGUCAAGAUCUCAGAGCCUCAGAAAAAGACCAGCUUCUUCCGCUGUAGCCUACUCUGAGGACCGAGGCCUUCGACACUGGCUGCCAGCUGGCUGGACAAAAAUGGACUGUGCUUGCUCUUAGCACUUCCUUCCUCUUCCUUCUUUAUACCCACCCCCCCCCAAGUCCACACAAACCAUUAUAUUCCCAGUAAGCCGAAGACUUCCCUUCCUCUCUUCCUCUUCGGAAAGCUUCCAAUGGUGCAUCUCUUCCAUUUUAAAGAGAUCUGUUGUUUUCAUGGGUCAGAGUGCUUGGCUGGUCGAGGACUCAACCAGGAGCGUUGUCUAGAUGUUCCUUAUCACACAAAAGACAGGCUCUUACUUCUGAUGUUUAGUCUGUUUGUACUGCGCACUUAAAUUUCACACAGCCGGUAGCACAACCGAGGAUGAGAAAUCAUUAAGUUAAUGUCAACGUUUUGGGAUUGCAAAUACAGACGUGAUAUCUAUCUAUUUUUAUUAGUGCUCUUUCCCCAUUGAAGUUAUAAAUGUCAACUAGAGACUGAAAGGCUUGAACUUGGGUGAAACAGAGUUGCACAUGCUUUCAUUUUCAUUUCAGCAGUUGAGUGAGUCAUAUCACAGAUAAGGCAGUCAAGGAUCAGAGAGGAACUGGAUGUGAGUUCUGCUCUUUCAUUUGCAUGUAGUCCUUGACAAUCAUUUGAUGUGACUAGAAAUGUGUGUUUCAUCUUGCACCGAUCAGUACUCACUGCCUCCAACGCUUUUUUUCUUUGUCUUUUUAACAUUUUCUGCAGUAGCUUUCAGGUGCUUGAAGGCAUGGCAACACAAAACUUAAAAAUGCAUACAACAAACAGAAUUUGUUCCUCCGAGGGUUAGUUCUGUCAUCAAAUUAUCAGCAAGAUACUGGUGUGGUGUUUCCUGUCGUAACCUGCAAGAGAGGACAUUGUGGUGCGAAAGUAAAAAUGUGCUAUCGCUGCACUAUUACCCAUUUGUAAGUGUUAAAAGUACAGGCCAAUAAAAUUGGGGCUGCAAUUAUGUAUUAUAAUGAAUUAUUAUGCCACUUUUUUCUUGAUUCAAUGUUUGGUCUAUUAAACAUCUGAAAAUAGGGGGAAAUGCCUGUUUCCUAAAGCCUAAAGUGGCCUCUUCAAAUAUCUUGUUUCGUCCAAAACCUGAAAACAUCAAUUAACUAUCAAAUAAGAAAAAGAAGAUAUUUCUGCUUUAAAAUUAAUUCAAAGUGUUGCCUUUUUAUUUUGAUGUGAAGGUUUUGUAGCAGCUCUGAUUCACAGUCAAGCUAAAUGACGUCUCCGGUUAUUCGAUCAGCAAUUAAAAAUGAAGUCAAAAUGAAGUUUCGCACUGUAAGCCCCCUCUCCUGCUAUCCAUGCAGCUCUCCUUGCACUUUACCAGUAACUCGUGUUUUGUGUGUAGUCUGUGCCAAGUGAUAGUUUUGCAAUACAAUUACUUACUUAUAAUUGUUUUGAUCUAUUGAGUCUUGGUAGUAUAAUGGGCAUACGUCUUAAAUUUUACUACACCUACUUAUAAAUGACUUGAUCUCCUUUGCUAUUUCACUGCUAGUGAUCCACUGUCCUGGUAUCAGUUCACUGAAAAACAUUGCCCUAAUGUACUUUAAUGGCUAUAUAUAUAUUUAUAAAAAGGAAAAAGAAUUUGCAAGCCUCUGUGUCUAUACUACCGCCCUGCCAAAUUGUAGUUCAGAAGUGAUUUUCUUUCUUGGCUUUUCACAUGAACACUGGCUUGACGUAAGCUGAAAGGUGGUCCUAUUAGUAUUAUUGUAUAUUGUAUCAUGUUUGUGUUUGAUUGUGGCCCUUUAGUUUGACAGCUAGGUGGCGCCAGAGGCACAUUCUGCAUUAUAUGUGACCACCUGAACUCAAAUUUUAAUCAGUAUUUAAUUAAGAAUGCAAGCCACAGUGAACUAGAUGUGUGCAAUCUAAACUUGUACCCACUGUUUAACAUUGAUGUUGAGUCUCAAUCUAUUUCCAUUGUUCCUCGUGUUUCCCUACUGCAUUUGUUACUAGUCUGAAAAUCAGACUCCUAUAUGCACAAUAUCAAAGGGAGGAUCUGCUUUUGCUUGCCUGCACCUUUUUUUUGCUUUGUUUUUUAUUUUUAUUUUUUAAUAUCAAAUAAUUUGGGACCUCAUAACUACCAUAGCCAUUUGUCUUAACCGCUGAUACUCAGUUCUGUCAUAGGUGAGCUAUGCAUUGUGAAUCUUGGACCUGUGCAUAUUUGUGUAAUGUAAUUUUCAGACAUACUUGUAGACCUGUACAGUUGAAUGUAUGGGCUUUGUUUUUGUUUUUGUUUUGUGUUAUUCACUGAGCCAAAAACUCAUGCUCACGCACAUGCUCUUGUUUGUAGAAAUAGCAUUGCUACAUCAGCGCGAGUGAAACCUGUAAUGAUGGCGAGAUUAAGCAGGAAGAGUCUGGAUGUUGGAGGUAGUGCUGUUUUGUCUCAUUCGAGUCAUACUGUAGCUUUAAGUCAUAAACAGAAACAUAGGAAGCAGAUGUUUGUGGGAAUCAAGCUCUGUAUCAUUUCCAGCUCAAAUGAUACCCGCUCUUUUUUUGAUUUUGUUUUUAAAUCAUAUCCUUUUCUUAAGAUUCCUAUCAUGUUAUAAUAUACUGUACAUCCCUUUUUACAGCCAUAUUUUCAUUCCAUCGAUUUGUGAAGUACACAGGGAGAAUAAUACAUUUUGAAAGAAAAAAUAGUGGGAAAAAAAAAUACCAUUGUAAAUAUCACAUUGAAAAAAAAAAGAGAUCUACUUAAAUUGUACUGUACUUUCUAAACCCAUAUGAAAAUGUAUCUACAAUUUGUAGAUAUGUGUACUUUUGAUUUAAUAAAAUGAGAUUAUAAAACUUCA